UGGGAAAAUCAAAUUCAUUUCCAGUUGUGUCGGAGAACGGAGAACAACGUUGCGUUUCAUAAAAAUUAUUCUAAAUUUUAAUUUUAAUUUCUUAUCAUGAGUGACUUAGAUUUGUGGAACUUACAAACGGGUAAUGCAUCCGGAGAAUAUACAGUGGCUGAAAUCGAGGUGGUAGAUGGAGAGGAUUUCAUUGCUGAUGGACUGCAGCUGGGUGCCACCGUACUGGCCACGAAUGAGGGUGAUGGGACCUUGGAACGAGUCUUUGCCACCGAAGAAUUAUCAAAGAUUUUUGCGACAACGCCGAAAGCCAAUGUUGAAAUACCCACAGAGGUGGUGGUGCAGCGUACUCUAGCGGAUCCGGCUCUGAAGCAGAUUUUACAGGAGGGCACAGCUGGAUUUGAUCCAGAGGCUGAACAGUUGAAAAUUCGCGAUUUUCUAGCUGGCGUUAACAAAGGCAAGAUGACCAUGGAAGAGAGCGUUUUUCAUGCACCUCGUGCCGGAACUUCAUCGGGUGCAACAUCAAGUCGCACUAUCAAAUGCAGCAAAUGCAAUUUGGUUUGCGAUGUGCAUUCCAUCAGUAAGCAUACAAGUGAAUGCGAAGGUGAUGGCAACACUAAUGAGACCGUUGCUGUCAAGCAGGAGAAGGACAUCGUCAAAGUGGAGCCGCCGGAAUCGGUAACCGAACCGCCUUUAACUAGAUCGUCGAGCGAACGGGUCGUACAGGAGAACCAGAUACGACUGCGUCGCUAUAUGAAGGACGAACUGAAGUGCGAUCUGACUACUGGAGCUUUGAACUCCCGUGUCAAAAAGACAACAAAAGGACCUAAUGAGUGCACCAUGUGCGAGCGUAAGUUUGUCCAUGCGUCUGGCCUGGUACGUCAUAUGGAGAAGCAUGCCCUCGAUCAGAUUCCGAAUCAAAGCAUUCAGCCAAAUGUGAUAACACCACCAGCUCCAGGAUUGCAUGUGGUUCUUAAGUGCAAUACCUGUGGACGUAUAUUUUUCAAUGUAAAGUAUGCCACAGACCAUUUACUGAUUCAUUAUCCACCGCAGCCGCAGUUGAGCGAACCCAAAGCUACAAUUAAGGAUAGCUUUGACAUAGGUCAGUUCCUGUUGGAAGGGGAUCAACUGCUCGCUACCUUGUCCCAAGAUAUUUGUAACGUUAAGACGCCUUUAGAACUCGAAAUGCUGGAGUCUCUAAUUGUGGGCAGCGUUCUGCAGUGCGAGUUCUGUGAAUUUCUAUUUGCGGGCAUCUCUGAACUGCUCCUUCAUUCGGCCACCCAUUACGCUGAGAGGCGUUUUGAGUGCACGGUAUGCGACUUGACCAUGAAUACGGCCAAGGAGGCAAGUGUACACUUUCAGAACGACUGUGUUUUCAUGCGUGAAGGACUCAAGCAGCUAAAUGUCACAUUGAAUCGUUAUUUCGUGUGCAAUGUAUGUGAGCUUAAGUUUUCCAAUACAGAACUCUUGCAGGAGCAUCGAUGCAGUUCCUAUCAUUACUUUCCUCGACCUAGUGAACAUAGCCAACGUUUGCUUUUGCCAUGCGAAUUCUGCGAGGUUAAUUUCGAAUUUGCCCAUGAGAUAGCUCCGCACAAUGAGGAGAAACAUUUGAACAAGAAGAAAAGAGAAAAGGAGGCCCGCAACACUGGUCCCGGCCGGAUACGUCAGUAUUUGUGUGAUAUUUGUGGCAAGUCAUACACCCAGUCUAGUCAUCUCUGGCAGCACUUGCGCUUCCAUCAGGGCGUUAAGCCCUUUGUUUGUCAGGAGGAGAACUGUGGCAGAAAAUUUACCAUUCGUCCGGAUCUUAAUGAUCACAUUCGCAAGUGCCACACUGGAGAGCGGCCUUAUCAUUGUUUGGUAUGUGGCAAGCGUUUCCUAACGGGAUCCGUGUUCUAUCAGCAUCGUCUGAUCCAUCGUGGGGAGCGGCGGUAUGAGUGCGAUGAGUGCAGCAAGCGAUUCUAUCGUGCGGAUGCCUUGAAAAACCAUCAACGUAUACAUACGGGUGAGAAACCUUACAGUUGUCUAUUCUGCACCAAGACCUUCCGACAGCGAGGGGAUCGCGAUAAACAUAUCCGUGCACGUCACUCUCAUUUGGAUGCCAAUUCGAGACUCAUGAUGCAAAUGCAGAAAUUUCAACUGGAGGCCAAGGCCAAGAAAACUGGAAAUAAAAAGAGCACUGAACCUGUGCCAACUGAGGUGAACAGUGUUCCUGAUGCCAAAGGUAUUCCCGCAAUUCCAGAGCAGCAACAGGAUGUGGCCACUUCUGGGCCUGACAAUGAAGACCAUGUUGAGACCCCAAAUGAAGAGACCAUCCCCGAUUUGGUGGCUGGUUACGAAGUAGUCGUAGCUGAAGAUUUUGUCUAUCAGGAGCCGAUAGAAGAGGAUAUAACCAAUACCAAUAAUGACGACAUUGUGAUGAGCCUAUUCGAUCCAACCCCAGAGCCAAGUCAAUCUUUGAUUUUGGACAGCAUUCCUUUGCUGCAGAAUCACGAUAAUGCCAAAGUAGUGGUAGUCAAAAAUAAUCCCUUACAGCCGAUGUUUUCGGAUGCUUAUAUGUGAAUUUUGAUCUGCUAAUGAAUAAAAACCAAAUUGGGUUACAAUAUGCUUUUA